UCCAUUUCUCAAUGGUGACUGCGUCGUGAAAUGAUCCUCUCUGAGUUUUACCACCCGCGCAUGACAGAACCCGCAGAACAAAAUGGACUGAAGGGAACGGGAACAAUAAAGAAAUCUUACGAGACGGACAGCCAGACAGAAGCUUGAAGUAUCGCAGUAUCGCCCAGCCAGCCGCAGGUUGACCCCGGCCUGAGCUGUCGACGCGAUGGAGGAUUUGGCCUCCCCAGCUUCUUCCCAGCAGGAAGAGCACGAAGCAGACCGUCGCGCCAGGGAAUUAUUUCAUUAUUUCCAGCCUGACAACCCAGCCCUGCUUCCUGCGACCGCCAGCACUGAUCCACUCAGCUCGCCAUGUGUGCUAGGUGGAACCAGUCCAAACCUCGUCCUUACUGCCCUGACCCAGUUGGCCGCGGUCAAAGUAGGCGUUCAACGCGCGAUUAUCAGCUUGAUUGAUCGCGAAACGCUAUAUGUCGUCGCUGAGGCCUCUCGCUCGUUGAAUCUCGGGGACAACGCCCUCUAUGAAGAUGAUGGCGAUGGACUUUGGAUGGGUUGCUCUCGGGGUCCUCUGGCUGGCACCCUAUGCGAGAAAACGAUAACCCUGUACCCAACUACGCAGGAUAAGUAUCCUUUCUUCGUUGUCGAUGACCUGCAACAGCAUCCCAAGUACUGCCAGAUACCUUGUGUCUAUGGUUCACCGUUCUUCCGCUACUAUGCCGGCACACCCUUGACGACGAGCAAUGGCAUCAACAUUGGGAGCUUAUAUGUCAUCGAUCCACGCCCAAAUCUCACGUUGACGGCUUCUCACAAGGAAAACUUAGGGGUCAUAGCCACCGCAGUCAUGGAGUACUUGGAGACAUCACGCCAAUCGCUCGAAAGCACUCGUUUGAUGAAAGUCCUCUCCGGCCUCAACUCGUUUGUUCAGAACCAUGGUCACGAGGAGUCUUCCACCGCAGCCAUUCCAAGAAGCGCGAGCCCUUCCGACAUGGAUCGAUCGCGCACUCCCAGCCCUCCGCCCAACCUAUCUCCGAAAGUUGAUGUCAAGCUUCUCUCGCGACAUGCAAAGUCUUCUCCAAGGGCAAUAAGUCCGGUGCAAGACAAUCUCCUCUCAUCCUCGGAUUCCGUGUCGCCGAAGUCCAAUAGACACGGGGACUCAUCUCCUCAGCCGAACUCAAAAUCACAUACUUCAUCGCCCGGCAAGAGGCACGAGACCUUCCAACGCGCUGCGAAUAUCAUGCGUGAGAGUCUUAUUCUUGGAGAAGAAGGAGGCGUCGUUAUCUUCUCUGCCAGAGACAGCUUUGACGUUGACGAGGAGGAAGAAACACCCGCAGAAGUUUCCGGGGCACCACGACUUGAAGCUACUACCUGGGCCAUUUCGACACGAGACUGUCAUGGCUCGGCUUGGGGAAAUGAGCACGAUUUGAUUCCCGCACAGCAGAUGAGUCGCCGGUUCCUACGGCGGAUGAUUCAGCGCUUUUGUAAAGGAGCCCUGUGGUAUUUUCACCGCGAUGGAACAGCUUUCUCGUCUGACGACGAGACUGCUUCGCAGACAAGUACCCAAUCGGCUUUUCAAAUGCCAUCAAUGCUUCAUCCGCGGGGUCAAGGUUCACUAAACCGAAGGGACUUAGAUCUUUUGCAGACCUACUUUCCUAGAGCCACACGCAUUAUAUUUGCUCCUCUGUGGGAUGCAACGAACUCACGAUGGUUCGGCGGAUGUUUCUGCUGGAGUUCCGUGGAGACCCGAAUUUUCAGCCCCCAUGUAGAACUGGGUGGUGUGCUUGGGUUUUGUUCUUCGUUGAUGACCGAGGACAGUCGUAUCCGGAGUCAAGAAGCAGACAAGAAGAAGGGUGAUUUCAUAAGCAGCAUCUCGCAUGAACUGCGAAGCCCUUUACAUGGAAUUCUAGCCGCAGUCGAGUUUCUCGCGGAACAGUCGAUGUCCAACUCAGCGAGGUUGCUCUUGGACACCAUUCGUGCGUGUAGUCAAACUCUUUUAGAUACAUUUGAACAGAUUCUCGAUUUUAGCAAAAUCAACUCCUUCAGGCGGAAAGCUCGUGUUGGCGGUCCGGCAUUGUCACACGAGGACAGGGUAACCGCUACCACGCAUGCAGGUCCACGAUCGCUCUUCAUUUUGAAAGUGGCUGACGUUGUAACGAUCGUCGAGGAUGCGAUCGAGAGUAUCUGCGCCGGAGCCAAUCACCUCAACAUGGCCCACUCAGGCGAUUCGUCAACGUCUAAGCCGGCCACCCCUUCAGAGGAAAUCUCCGGUGGCAACUUCGAGCCUGUGGAUAUUACCCUGGAUGUCAGCAUGAAUGACUGGAUUUUCGUUCUAGAGCCUGGGGCCUUGCGGCGCAUUGUCAUGAACGUCUUUGGCAAUGCUCUUAAAUAUACCCGAACUGGGUCUAUCUCCGUGCAUUUGGAGAUCCAGAAGGAAAGCAAAAAUUCUUCUCGUGAUGGACUCGACACCCUGCUUCUCACCGUAUCCGAUACCGGUCGGGGCAUUUCUAGUGAUUAUCUACGGUAUCACCUCUUUACACCCUUCAUGCAAGAAGACCCUCUAUCCCCCGGAACCGGUCUUGGUUUGUCCCUCGUGAACAGCAUCGUGCGUUCGUUGAAAGGCAAGAUCAAGAUCAAGAGUCAAUUGGGGGCGGGCACGGUAGUUAAGAUCUCGAUCCCUCUCACGCGACCCGAGCCACAUGAGCGCACGGAGACAGCAGCUGCGCUUGACGACCCACUACUCCACAACUCCGAAGGCAUUAUCGAUGGCGUGAAGAAAGAAAUAGCGGGCAAAACAGUUUGUUUCGUACAGCCAGAAGAUGCAGCUUCUGCGCGCGCGAUCACAAAUUACUUAACGGAUUGGUAUGGGAUACCGCUCCACCCAUGGUCACCCGAUCUCGCUGCGGAUUUGGUAAUUGUCGACGAGGCAGAAUUGCACCGCAUCAGCGGGCUAUCUGAACGAUCGACCUUGCUCGUUCUGCAUCGUGAGAGGCGUCCUACAUACUUAAAAUCUACUAUGUUAAGUCAUAUCCGUGCACGUAUCGAGCUGCUGAGUCUCCCUUGUGGCCCCUACCGAUUAGCCAGAACGAUUCAGUGCUGUUUGCAGGCCUCACAUCAACCACAUAGCAACGAGGAUGCAUCGUCGUCACCGAUCGCAUGUGAGAUUGGUAUCGGCAUUGAGGCACCCCCUGACCCGUACAAUCAACAAGACCUUGCUUUACGUCCAGCAACAUCAUCAACUUCAGCAUCUACGAUGAAGCCCUCCGAGCCGUUGUCAAGGCCGCGUCUGGAAAUUGGACCUUACAUCUCUCAGUUAAAAGCCGACGCACAAACAGAUCAAAAUGGAAACUCUUCCUUUACACCAACAACACCCUCUGAUCCCUCCGAAGAGAUACCCCGGGUCUUGCUAGUCGAAGACAACCCGGUGAACAUGUCGCUUCUACGGCGGAUUGUGGGUCGGAGACAACCGAUCCACGUACACGAAGCUAUGAACGGCAAAGAGGCCGUCGACGCUGUUGGGUCAAUGCCCGAGGGCUAUCAUUACAUAUUUAUGGAUAUCUCGAUGCCCGUUAUGGACGGAUUCGAGGCUACCAGAGCGAUUCGCGUGAUUGAAACAGAGCGCAAGACUACCUCUCCUGCUAAGAUUAUUGCGCUUACUGGUUUGGGGUCGAAGGAGGAUGUUGCGAAGGCCUACGCAGCUGGUGUUGAUGUCUUUGUCACGAAGCCGGUUUCUCUGAAGAAAGUUAUGCAGUUGAUGGAACAUUCAAAGGGGUGAUUUCAUAUACGAGGUCGCUCUCUGUGAUCUUUCUUUUUUGGCACCAUUUCACGCGGCCGAACCAUUUUUGGUGCUUGCCUUCUUGCGUGACGAGUGCCUCGGAGUCUGCACAGCGCUGC